AUGUCUCAAUCUCCAUUUGACACUCCGUUUGACGAUCUUCCAAAUCCCAAGCAGGUAUGGCUGGGAAAACCCGGAAGUUACGAAGAGGGUUUGGGGAAACUAGCUAUUCUUACCCCUGAAGUUGUCGCUGCGGCAUCUGCUAGUGAGAUCAAAUGUGGCCGUCGCGUAACAAUGGGAUGGGAAAUGACAAAGCUCGAUUAUCCCAACCUCAAUCGUCAGCCGUGUCAUCAUAAGAUUAUACCGCUUCUAGGAGGUAUAGCAUUUGAUGAUGUCUAUACUAUGAAUCCACAGCAAAGCAGCCAAUGGGAUGGUCUUCGUCAUUUUUCUCAGACUGUACCUGGUCAAUCUGAGCGUGUGUUCUACGGUGGAACGACAGCUGAAGAGAUCAAUGAUCGCCAAAAUGACCGGAUUGGUCUCCAGCACUGGGCCAAAGAAGGAAUUGCAGGACGUGGAAUUUUGAUUGAUUACGCAACGUGGGCCGAGAAAAAAGGAAUCAAAUAUACUACAUUCUCAACCCAUCAAGUGCGGUUUGCCGACAUCCUAGAGAUUGCUAAGGAGAACAACAUCAUUUUCAAAAAAGGUGAUAUCCUUUUCGUCCGCGUGGGCGUGACUAAGGAGUGGGAUACGUCCAUGACGGAUGCCCAGAAACAAGCUUAUUCGGACAACUCCAGUCCAGAACACGCUGGAGUAGAGGCUACCACAGAAGUCCUCCGCUGGCUGUGGGAUACCGGAUUUGCCGCAAUCGCCAGUGACGCUAUCAGUUGGGAGGUUUACCCACCUCAAUCUCCUGACAUCUUUCUCCACGAGUAUGUGCUUGCCGGAUGGGGAAUGCCAAUCGGGGAACUAUUCGACCUCGAGGCACUGGCGCGCACAUGCCAGGAACUCCAACGGUGGAGCUUCUUCGUGGCAUCCGUGCCUUUGAACAUGCCUGGUGGAGUCUCUUCGCCUCCGAACGUGAUGGCAAUUUUCUAA